AUGACAAAGAGUGAGCUGAGGGCUACACACUGUCGAGCUCGGGCUGUUGAGCGAAUGAGCUCGAAGAGACGACUGGCCCGCGGUAGUACUCCGCUCGGAGAACCCCUGAAUAGGACAGACGGGAAGGAGUUCCUCGACGCGAUGCACACGCUUUUGCGGGCUUUGGCAGAAAACAUGGCCGCAAAUCUAUUCAAGGUGGCUAAGACGGAGGAGGAAGGGGAGCUACGUAGCGGCAGGGCAAGGAGUACGAAGCCAGAUGCUCAAGAGGUCCGGGGCGGUGACGAUGAUGCCUUACCCACACACUAA